AUGGCUAAGAAGAAGCAACCUCAGCCUCCUCUGGUUACUCCAUCUCCAGCGAAGGAGCCGUCGGUAGUCUCAUCUCCAGUUAAGAAGCCGACGGAACUCACCUCUACAUCACCGGAAUCUGGUUUAGAGGAAGAAGAAUCGGGUUCAAAGUCAGAAGAAUCGGGCUCUGAAUCUGAAGGAGAAGAAGACGAAACACCCAAGAAUCCAGAAACUGCUUCUGCUCCAGUUGUGGCCAAUGAAAUAUCAGGUUUAGAGUCUAAGAGUGUAUCUGACUCUGAAUAUGAGCCUGAGCAUGAGCCUGAGCCAACUUCUGCUGCUACAGUUGCGUCCCCAAAUAAGAAGAGACAAAGUGAAAGGGGCGUUGUUUCAACUGAGGUGAAUCCAUCAAAACGAUCCAAGACUGAGAGUAGUGGAACAUAUAUUGCAGUGAAGAAGGAAAUGUUUCAGAGAAUAUGGAGCGAAGAAGACGAGGUUCUCUUGCUUCAAGGAAUGAUCGACUACAGGAGCAAGACAGGGAAUAAUACUUCAGAUGACACGAAUGGGUUUUUCAAAAGUAUUAAAAGCUCAUUCAAUUUCGAGGUGAAGAGUUUGCAUCAGUUCACCAACAAAAUUUGGGGUUUAAAGAAGUAG